AUGCAGACGUUCAGGGCUACAGGUUUCGGUGUCUUAGGGUUAAAGGGUUUCGUCUUUCUCCUGGUAUCCGCCAAGGCGACAGACGGGUCCCUCUGCCCCGAGCCCGAGGCCAUUUCACCGUGCGAAUGCCUGUCUGAUCUCGGCGUGGAUUGUUCGGAAGCAAGCAACUCCGAGGAGAUAUUUUCCGCCUUCAACAAAGUCGUCUGGCCCGACACUCAGCAGACGUGA